AUGGUUUCUCGGCCGGACGUGGGACGUUCUUCCCGGCUCGGACGGAUGCAUCGGCCGUGGUACGCGAACGGGUUGCGCGGCCGCGAGGCUUGUUUCCCGGCUCGCGCGGCAUGGUCGUGCGCGGCUGGCGUGACGUUGCUUGGCCGACCGCGGGACAAUGUUUCCCGGGUCGUGAUGCGUGAUCGGCCGGUGGUUUGGAACUUUGGCCGAGACUUCAGUCGGACGGAUAUGUUUUGGCCGAGCGCGGAACAUCGUUCCUCGGCCAGCCGGUCUGCGCGUUCGGACGCUGAUUCUCGAUAUAGCCGUCUGGAGCAGCCUUCACUCUUUUGGCUAUAA